AUGUCAGAAAGAAAUUACAGCAGCAAGACAGACCUCGGCAACAGACAGACCAAGAUGAGUGUGGCCCCAAAGCUCGACUCAGCGGGGAAAACUGGGGAGAAGAAAAACUUGGUUGACCUCAACGACAAGUUUGUCCAGUUGAUCGACAAGGUGAAGGAACUGGAGGAUGAGAAAAUGAAACUGGAGAAGAAGCUGGAUAUCCUGAAGGGUCAGGAGGACUACAGCGGGAACGUGGAUGCCAUCGUGAGGCAGGCAGAGAACAAACUGCUGGAGAAGAUUGACAACCUGAAGAACGACCAGGAAAAACUGAAGAAUGAUCUUGAAGACAUCGCGAAGGAUGUGGAUGACGCCAAGAAGAUCUAUGAGGAUGUACUAGAAAAGAGAACUGAGCUGGAGACUGAGUUUGUUGUUGCCAAAAAGGAAGUAGAUGAAGGACAUCUGGAUUUGGUAAACAAGGUUUUGGACCUGGAGGACCUGAACAGAAAACUGGAGUUCCUCAGGGAUGGCUAUGAUGAGGAAAUCAAGGAGCUGCAGUCGAUGAUCAAGAAUGAAACGGUCACCCUUCCCAAGUCCGCCAAACGGUCUCUGGACAUGGACGACUACGUCAAGACCGUAGAGGCGCAGUAUGCUACAUAUGCCGCUCGUGCUAGGGAUGAGGCGGAGCAAUGGAACCAGAGAAAGAUUGAUUCCUUGGAGCAAAGUUCAGAGCAGAAGGAGCAGGAAGUCCGUGACCAAAAGAGGGAUAUCUCUGACCUCUUGCGCCRAAUCCAGAGGCUCACUGCUGAAUUGGACAGUCUGAAAAGAAAGGAAGAGUCCUUGAGAAAUGACAUUGACGCAGCAAGAACAGACGGCGACGAAAACAUGGAGGCGGCCAGAAAUACCAUUAAGAAGCUAGAGGAGGCCUUGAAGGCAAACAAGCAGGAGUUGGCCAACCAGAUCCGCGAAUACCAGAACCUGCUGAACAUCAAACUAGCUCUGGACAUCGAGAUCGCCACCUACCGCAGGCUGCUAGAGGGCGAGGAGCAGAGAAUGAACAACUUUCAACGUUCAGACGUUCACCCAGAGAGGAAACACCCGCAAGACCACCUGCCCGAAAGAAGUCACCUGCAAGACAAACGAGGGAAACCUCCAACAGUCGAGUCCAGCAUCGUCCCAAAACCGGACGAGACCCCAGACCCUGCAAGUACACAGGAAUCUCCCACCCCCUCCAAAAAGCGCGUGCUGAUCCGAGUGGAGGUGAAAUAUGGAAAGCUCAUCUCCGAAAGCACCCAGUACACUGACUGA